GCUGGACACAAAAGAUGCUAGGAGGGGCCUUCUCGAGUCUUUUACCCUGGAUUUGUUUUCGAUGCAGUUGCUAACGUCAUAGCCUUCUAGAUUGCGGCGCGAUAUUCGCGCUGCAUGUAGAAGCGCAGGGCCAGCGAGACAGAAACCGAGUUGUGUGUUUUGUUUUUGCAUUGCCGAUUGUUGGAUAAUGGUGUAUAUUAAAGUAGUGUAAUAAAUAGUCGAUCAUUUACUGGGCCGCUUGUCUGUUUGGGCGGAACGAUGCCGAAGAAAAAGACGGGACAGCGAAAGAAGGCGGAAAAGCAGAAGCUCCGGCAGAAGGAAAUCCGCAACCGAGAAUCGGAACUACCGGAGCAACCAUGCAACGUUGCGAUGGACUGUGAGAAGUGUGGCAAGAAACAGAAAUCGAGAGCCUUCUGCUACUUCUGCCAAAGCCUGCAGCGGCUGCCGAUAUGUGCCCAGUGCGGCAAGCAGAAGUGUAUGCUCAAAACCGGCGACUGUGUGGUGAAGCAUGCCGGCGUGUUUACUACCGGGCUGCAGAUGGUCGGUGCCAUCUGCGAUCAUUGUGAGGCGUGGAUCUGCCACGGGCGGAAAUGUUUGCAAUCGCAUGCCUGCACCUGUCCGCUGAUGGAUGCGGUGUGUAUCGAGUGUGAGCGAGGCGUUUGGGACCACGGCGGACGCAUGUUCAAGUGUAGCUUCUGCAACAAUUUCCUGUGCGAGGAUGAUCAGUUCGAGCAUCAGGCUUCGUGCCAGGUGCUGGAGUCGGAAUCGUACAAGUGCCAGUCGUGCAACAAGCUGGGACAGUACUCGUGCCUGCGCUGUAAAACGUGCUACUGCGAUGAUCAUAUCCGGCGGAAAGGGUUCAAGUACGACAAGAAUAAGCCGAUCCCGUGCCCGAAGUGUAACUACGAGACGAGCCAAACGAAGGAUCUCAGCAUGUCGGUCCGCAGUCACAAGUAUGGUCGCAAGCGGCUGGAUGAUGAAGGAGAGGAUGAUGACUAUGCGUACGAUGAUGAGUACAUGGCUUACCGUAGCAGUCACGACCAUUACAACGAGGUUUCCGGCGGCUCCUCGGACGAUGACUACGAGGAUGAUGAUGAUGACGACGAUGAAGACGAUGAUGAUGAUGACGACGAUGAUGAUGAGGAGGAGGACGAGGCAAAGGAAGCCAAAUCCGAAGGAACGUCAUCAAAGGCGGCACAAAAGUAGCUCUUCUCAUGCAACGCGAUUUUCUUUCCUGCAACGAAGCGAAAAAAAAAACGCUCACGGAGCACUAUUUAAAGCCACA